CUUCUCCUCCUCCUCGUCACUGCCCCUCGUGCUGCCCCUUCUCGCUCCUUGAACUCCCCUGGCAGAGUCCGCUCGCUGCUAGUACGGACAGCGACGCGCUCGAAAGUGCUCCCUUUCGACCGCGCACGCGCCAAAUCUCGAAAAUCCACGGCAAUUGCAAGAACAUUGGAGUUCCCCCGCAGAGCGCGAUACAUACAUUGCCACUGUCCAAUACAUGCCGGCGCGCUGGAACUGACUCGCUCGGCUAGGUCCUUCCCCGCUCCCGGACUCCUCUUCCCCGCCCUCCGCGCCGUCCAUGACCGCCGCGCAGUCUACGAGCCCAUUCCCUGCGUCGCGCUUCGCCCGCUUCAACCCCUUCAAGACGUCUUCUGCUAAGCCCUCUGCCCCACCGACGCCCGAGCCCGCGUACAUCCCCUACAACGGCCCCGUCGAGCCGCCCGCCACGCUCCGCGCACCCGCGCUGCCCGACAAUCAAGCCAGGGACAGCUGGGGCGACCUGAAGAUCGACGUGUCGCGCGCGAACACGCACUCGGCGGGUGAUUGGGGCGUCCCGGACGCGGAUACGGAGUGGCAGUCGCGGUACGGCGCGGAGGUGAUCAACAUCGCGAGCGAGGCGCUCGCGCAGACGCGCGCGAACCAGGCGGCGGUGGCGGGGGAGGCGUCGGGGGCGCCCUACGCGUCUCUGUCGGCAAACAACUAUCCGUCUUCGUCCCCAUAUGCCUCGAACGCCGCGUAUCAAUCAACUUACGUCGAUUCGCCCGCGCCAUCCCCCAGUCCAUCUGCUGAGAGCCCUCAUCACUUUCCUCCAAGCCCGCAGCAUCUCUCCCCGCGCCCCCCACCCUCGUCCUCCCCGCGUCCCGGCAAGCCUCACAAAUCGCCCAAGAGCCCGCGCAGCAUCACCAACCUCAUCGCCGCCGCGUUUUCUAGCUCGAGGAAGGGCACUGCGUCCGUGCCGACGUCGCCGCGACACCUACGACCUGAGGCCUCGUCGUCCACGAUGCGCGAGCAAUCGUACUUCUCCAAUCCCGUCCUCGAGCCGAUACCGGACAACCUGCGGAGACCAAGUCCAGACGGGUCGCGCUCUCCGAUCAUGGAUAGCAUGCGCAAGCAGAGCUCGGACGGGACGCGCGCACCAAUUCCCGAUGUCCUGCGCUCUCCGCCGCGGAAGCUUCAGCACAGCGCGUCGGCGGAGUGGAGCUCUGCACCUCGCGCGCGCGUCGAUAGCUACGCGCCGAGGGCGAGGGUCGACAGCUACCAGCCCGCCGCGUAUCAGUCUGCGACAACCUCACGACUCCGACCUUCGAUACCUGCACAGUACACGACUGUCGAAGCGCCGUCCUUCUCCCUCUCGCCCUCGCCUCGUAAGCCGUCCUUCGACGCACGCGACUUUUCGCUCGCUACGGAUGUCGCGCGCGACCAUUCGUUCGACACGCGAGAGCCGGCGCAGUCCUUCGAUACAAGGAACCCGGCGCCGUCUUCGAAUGCGUAUGAGCCCUCGCAGUACGGCGGGGAACCCUCGCAGUAUGCUCGCGACUCCGCACCUAGCCAGUACGCGUUUGAGCCUGCCGAGGAGCGCGAACGCGAACCGCGGCCAAGCACACAGGUGUUCGGGCAAGACGUGUAUGUGCGCGAGUCGUGGGCUGGACUGCCGCCGAUCGUAGCGAGCGCGUCGAGUGGGGUAUCCGCCGGCUCUCGCGCGCGGGGAGGCGCGUCCGGUGCGCAACCGAGCUCAAGCGCCGUGCAAGAGUCGACCGCGCCAUGGAUAUCCACCACCUUCAGCGCGCCGCCGCCCUCACAGAUCGCCGCCUCGCGGAGCGCGCCGCCCGUUCCGACGUCCUAUCCUUCGACUGUGCCGAGUUCGUAUUCGCCGCCUGUAUCGCCGCAUCCGUACGCGUAUGGCUCGACGAGGGAAGAGGAGGGUAACGAGGAUGAGUUCGGGGGGAAUCGAGCAAUCCCGCGCUUUCAUCUUCCGAACCACCGUCUCAAGGCCUCUAUCUCUGUUCCCAACCUUCGCGUUGUCCAUACCCCGCCUCCGCUCUCUACGUCCCCCAAGCCCAAGUGGGAGCCGCCAAAAGGGCGAGACAAGUGGCUCUCGGCGGAGACGUGGUGCGACGCGUUGCUCCUGCCUCGUCCACGCCUCCGACUACGCUCUCUGACGGGCAAGAUGGGCGCGUCGCUCGCGGGGAGCAAGCCCGGGAGCGCUGGCAAGGGCUCGACAAGCAAGGGCUCCAUGGCGGCGGCCAGCAUUGGCAAGUCGACGCCGAAGUCUUCGUUCGCGGCGGGUACGGAGGGUGACCAGUACGCGUCGUAUGCGGCCACGCUGCACUCGAAUGCUCCGCCGUCGAGCUAUGCGUAUGUUUCAACGUCGUUGACGGGCGGAUAUCAGCAGCAGCAACACGCGUCGAACCUGCACCCGCCUGACCACCCGCAUCAUCAUCAACAGCACCUGCAUCCUACUAACCGCAUUGUGUCGCCACCGGGGAGCCCGCUUGCGCGCGAUUACGCCGCAUUGCCGGGGUCGAGCAUUCCGUCUCGCGUGCUUGCUCAUUCGCGCUCGUUGGUCGACCUCGUGCGCCCGGAGCGGGAGGCUAUCGAGAUCGUGCGAAGGAUUGGAGAUGAAGAUGAAGAUGAGGUCGCUGGUGUAGGGCAUCGACGGCAGCCGAGCGGCGGGCGUCACGUCGAGGAGCAUCGCAGACUCGCAAGCGGUGGGGCUCGGCGUGAGGUAGACAGGGCGGAGGCCGUCGCGCAGCUCGAAACGCCUGGCGCGGGACCGUCGACCUUGCGCGCGGAUCCUCGCCCGCCACAUCUCAAGCCACCUCGUCCUCGUAGCUUUGCAGCGGACGAUCUAUCGUUGCCUAGUCCGGUACCGUCGUUGGCGAAAGUUCUCGAAGAAGGCACUCUCCUCGAAAGCCAGCGCGCCAAGUGGCAGGAGCAAGCGACCGGCUCCCUUUUCAACAAGCGCGCGCGGAACCUCUCUCGCUCCCGCGCGAAGAGCCUUACGAAGGGUGGCGCCGCGGAUGCGAAGGCGAAGCUCAAGAGGCCUGAGCCGCCUGCUGAGUUCGACUUCGGGCUGGGGACGGUCAAGCUGGAGGGGCCCUCGAAGACGUGCGUGCAAGAUCGCAGGCGCGAGAGAAACGACAUCGUACUGACAGCAGGUCUAGGUACGACUCGGGCGCACUGAGGAAGAAGAAGCCGCAUCGAGUGCAGGAGAGUAUCGAC